GGGUCGAUAGAAUAUAUAGAAGGAUCUACGUGCGCAUUCCCUCUGAUGUUCCGCCGCCGCAUUUCCGAACUCCGGCGACGGCGCCGCUCUGGGCCGUUCCGAACAAGUAAGGGGGCGAAACGGAGGAAGGCGGAAGCGACAGCGCAGCUGCAGCUUUUGCUUGGCUGAAGGUCUGAAGAUCCGGCGCAGCGUUUGAGAGAUAUCUGAAAUUGCAGAUAAAAAUAUCAGCUGGAGUGACAUCACAUGAUCUUCUAGUUACUGCCAAUGCUCCAAUAUAGAUGGUCAAUGAGUAUGAACAGAAGUACCUGUUCUACAACUGAGGUUACUUCAGAGACCAAAGCUAUCCUUGUCGCCGACAUGCCAACCAUCAUUUUCGCAUAUGUUGCUCCAACCACGAGGAGCAUCGGAACUACCAAGAAUGCCAUCAUACCCACCUCCCAGCAACACACAAAGGCAAUAAUGACAGCAACUAAGAAUGUGGAGAAGUUGGACAUAAAGUGACCCAUCUGAGGGGAAAAAAAGUAAGGCAUGAUUGCGGUUUGUUAUCAUAAAAAGACAUUUUAGUGCUUCACUUGCUGAAACAUGCAAUACCUUCUCUCCAAUUGCCUCUUUUAUGGUACUCAUGUGGUUGGUUGCUCCAGCCAUGAUAGUCGCGGUGGUCAAGUCAGUGUCAAAAGCUCCGAUAUCUUGACUGAGCAGUGAUGUCAGAUAUGCCAUCUGCAUGCGUGUCAUUUGUCUUUGACUUGUAUACAUCCAGCAUGCGAUUUCUGCGGCAGGAUCAUUGUGACAAGAAAGGUAAGACUGUUUAUUGGAAUAACACUAAUUCUAUUCAUAUUGCUAGUGCUCCCAUCAUGCGGUGUUCUCUUGUUACUGUACAUGAGGGCAAGUAACCAAAUGAGGACUGGUGUUAUUAUGAAAUCUGUCACCAUCAUAGCAUAUCUUCAGGUGUCUACUAGAUGAUGUUUGGUUAAGGAAUUCGACAAAAAGAUAAAAUUCUAGCCAGCUUGAACCAUUCUCUUUGUAACUUCACUGAUAUAUUAAUGAGCCCCCGAUCCACACUUUUCCGCAAGCUCAACCCAAAUUCACUUGGUACACCAGCCUUAGUUUCUGUGAACUUACUCGAACUCUGGUUUACAUGCAACUCGCCAAGAAUGUCAGGCAGAAGGUAGUUGAAGUUACUUUAGGUUAUAUCUAAUUUGAUUGACCAUGAUUGUAUGCAGCUUUUUUUACGAACAGUUGUUAGAAGUUUUUUCUUCUGAAUGUAUGCUGUCAGGUUUUACUAGUGCUGUUGUUCUCAUUUCUCCAGCCUGAAUACUUGAAAUAUUCUAUUGUUCUUCACAUACACUCGUGCUUUUUAAAUACUAGUUUAGUUCACUGUGAUUUUCAAAUUUUCAUAGAUUUCUUAAAAAUAGCAAAGGUAGAAGCUUGUACUCACCAAUUAUUCCAGCAGGGAGUGUGAUAAGUGCCAAGAACCACAUAUAUGGAACUAACUGCAACAGAAAAACAAAAAUACACUGUCAAUAACAUGACAAAUAAUUUUUCGUCCAAUAAAAUGGAAGAAAAGCAUUUAACCAAACCAAAUAAUAAUUAUAUAUAUAAUAGCUUGAAACUAUUCUGGGUAGAAGGUAACCUUAGAAAAUUCAUGGACCAUGGCGUUCAGAUCGUUUAUGUUGUUCCCGAACGCAUCAACAGUUUUCCCGAGUAUGUAAUAGGACAUCGAAGGCGCCAUGCCAUGCACAAGGGAGCCCAUGGUCCCCAACACCAUGAACAUCCAAUCUAGUGCAUCAGCGUAGCAAAGCAAGCCAAAGAACGGGAACGGCUCGUCCAUGGCCACCUUUUCUGGCGUUGAUGGUGCUGGCGGUGAUGUGUUUUUCUUGUCAACAGCACUGUCGGGUGUACAUGAUUCGACGGGGAAGUCAUUCUCUUGGAUGGAUGGCAUUGUAUUUGUGAGCAUUCAGAUAAUUUGCAGGAGAGUAGCAAAGAGCACCGAGCAAAUAUGUAGAGUAACAGGAGUAACUAUAUAGUUACAAGAUAGGACAAACAAUUGUUACUCCCAAGGUUUAUAUUAUGUAUGCACUACAUCAGCAUGGAAUCAAAUAUCAAUAGUUAUUGAACCGAUCCUAGCGGUUGACGUUUUAAAUUAAAACUAGGUUGCUGGCAUGAACAGAUCAACCUCUUGUGAAAAUUCACAAGAAAUAAAUUACUUGUUUUUAGUGACGCGUGGAACUCAGUUAUUCGUUUGAUGUCACAUCAUUGUGAAAUACUAAGCAUGAAUCUUUUGUUGUUGUGUCAAAUGCUACGCAUGAAUCUUUUGUUGUUGUUGUAACCAAAUUGAGGGACACGAGGGCAACCUUGCUUUCAUCCACGACUUGCAUAGAGUUAGGCCAGCUGCAGACUAGUCCAGAUUGGCCAUGACCAGUGCUAUGACAUUUGGUGAAAGCUACUCUAGCAUACUUUGAUAUUACUUUGCAGGUUUCUUGUUUCCUUCCAGAUUUGAUUAAACAAACUGUCUAGCCUCGUUGCAUAAAUACACGAUGCUCUGCUAAAACAUUUUUCCAGUUUCUGUUGCAAAGUAUUUUACAGAUUAGGUCAACAUAUAGAGUUGUCUAGUAAAUCAAAAUAAUGGAUACCUUGGAGGAACUAGUUAUCAGUUUAACAAGAAGAACAGGCACCCCAAAUUCAACUUGAAGAAGACUUGAACUUGGGUGGCAGUCUGUCCAUUCGCUUCCCGAUCCUAUAGUUCUAGUAAUAGGCGGUAGUUUCUGCUCAAGUCCAUGUCUUAGGUGAUAUGUCCACAAAAGAUACCAAAUCAUUUUGUACAACCAUGUUCUUGUGGCGUAUCUAUUUACUUAGAUUAUGCUCCUUGUACUCACCAAAUCUGGUGAUCUGGCAUGCCUCGGUUUGCCAGUUUUGUUUUCUAUUGCCUAUAGGAGUAAUACGACACUUAUUAUUGAUCGGAGGGAGUACAUAUCAUAGAGGCUCAUUUGGUUGCGGCCUACUAGUAGGAUUUGUGAUGCAUGAGGCUCAUUUCUCUACAUUUUUUUUAAUUUGCCCUUGGGGCAGCCAUGUGCGACAAUUUAUUUGUUGAACUGUAUUAUGGUUGGAUGAUGAACUUUGAUCUGAUAAAUAAAAGGCUGUGUGCUGUUAGAGUUAUAAUAUAAGUCAUGUACCCCUUUGUAUUUAUCCCGUUGUAUAAGGGGUUUCCUGCAUAUGUUCCACACCUGUACAUGUAUAUAUAUCGGCCUAUGGCCUCAUGGGAAUACAAGUUGCUUAUUCCUAACAUGGUAUUAGAGCUAGGUCAAUUUUUUGCACGCUGCAACUCGUGCUAUUGAUCCGUCUCGAUCGAGUCCGGCUCGUCUUCCUCUCGCUCGAAGCCUGAAGCCGCCGAAGCCCUCCCGCUCGAAGACUCCCUCUCGCUCGAAGCCGCUCGAAGCCGCCGUCGCUCGCAGGUUCCCGCCCGCUCGAAGGCUCCCUCCACCCCUGCCGUCCGGCGCGGCCCCUGCUGGAGCUGCCGCCUAGUCGCGUGCGAGGCCUGGCCGCCGCCUGCGCUCCUUGUGGAGGAGCUCGCCUUCGAGGCCUAUCUCCUCGCUCCGCGCUGCUCUCCUCGUUCCGAAGCGCUGGCACAGCAACCCACCUCCCGUCCUCCCCUGCCUCCUCUCGUCCGUGCUCCCGUGCCAGAUCCCGCUCCCAGCCGCCGUCCUCGUCCGGCUUUCUCCUGAUUUCGGAUCUUUGCUAAAAAAAAUGUCUGCUGCAUCGGGCUAUGUUGCUGUCCCUCGCUAUCCGGUGAUCUUCGAUGGUACCAACUACAUCGAGUUCGCUGGCUUCAUGCGCAUUCACAUGCGUGGCAUUCGUCUCUGGGGUGUUCUUUCUGGCGAGGUCUGCUGUCCGCCACGUCCGGUCCCUCCGGUGGCCCCUACUCCACCGACUCCACUGGUUCUUCCUACGGACGCUACUCAGGCCGCCAAGGAUGCGGCUAAGCUUGCCGAUGAGACUGCUGAUCGUGUUUAUGAUGAGAGGGUUUUGGCUUAUGAGGAGGCUCUUCAGACGUAUCAUGGUGCUUUGUCUGUUUACACCCAGUGGCUUGAUGAUGAUGCUCGUGCUGCAGCUGUUCUCACUGCUAGUGUUCUGCCUCAGUUUGCUUCUGAGUUUCUGGGUCUUCCUACUGUCUUUCAGAUGUGGACCUGUCUUCGUCAGCGCUAUGAGCCCUCUGGUGAUGCCUUAUACCUUUCUGUGGUUCGUCAGGAGCAUGCUCUUCAGCAGGGUGACUCUACUGUUGAUGACUUUUAUGCACAGAGUUCUGCUAUCUGGCGCCAGCUUGAUUCUCUCCGCAGUGCUGGUUGUCGUACUUGUCCCUGCUGCCAGGCUGUCCAGGCCAACUUGGAGUUUCAUCGUGUCUACGAGUUCCUGUCUCGGCUUCGUAAGGAGUUUGAGCCCCGGCGUGCUCAGUUGUUUGCUCGUGGCCGUAUUUCUCUCAUGGAGGCGCUUUCAGAGAUUCGUGCUGAGGAGACUCGCUUACGUGGUGCUGGUUUGCUGGAGGUUCCCUCUGUGCUUGCUACUCGGGCUUCUUCCACUCCACCUGCUGCACCGCUCCAUUCUCGCUCGAGUGCUCCACCGCUCUUGCCCACUCCUUCUGGAGGCUCAGGUCGCCCCCGUCCACAUUGUGACUACUGCAACAAUGAUGGUCAUAUUGAGUCCCAGUGCUACACGAAGCGGAAACACCUGCGCAAGGCGCGAUCCUCCUCCUCUGGGACUUCGUCAUCUCCCUCGACAGCUUCAGCCAUUGCUUUGACUGAGCAGGAUAUUCUGAGACUUAAGCGUCUGCUCGCGGCUUCAGGUUCUUCCUCGACGGGUACUGCUGGUUCUGUGACUGAUGCUUCUCGCACUGAGCACCUGCCCUCUACACAGUCAGGUACAUCCCCAUGGGUUCUGGACUCUGGAGCUUCUUUUCAUAUUAAAUGCAUCUGA